AUGGCUGUGUCCACGGGAGAUAUUAGUACCUUCCAAUAUGUUGUCGUCGUCGUCGGCCUGUUCAUGCUGUACAAAAUUCUACAUAUAGGAAUGAGGCCUAAAAACUAUCCGCCAGGUCCGCCAACGAUACCGAUCGUAGGCAACUUGCUCCAGAUACAAAUCAAGAACUUCCACCUUGGUUUCCAAGAAAUUGCUAAAAAAUAUGGUCCAAUCGUGUCCCUGAAACUGGGUGCCACGGAUAUGAUCAUGCUCAACCACCCCACUGUGGUUCGGGAAUUGCUCGAGAAGAGAAGCAACAUUUACUCUGCCAGACCGGACAUCUAUAUUCGUGAAUACCUUGACAACUAUAAUAUUCUCCUUCGCGAGCAGCGGAAACUGUAUCAUGCUCGUCUGAAUGUGAAAACCACCGACACGUAUUUGCCCUAUCAGCAUUUCGAGUCUGUUCAGUUCCUCCAUGAUCUUCUCUACCAACCCGAAGAGUUUCUCGAACACACGCGAAGAUUUACCGCAAGCGUGUCCACGACUUUGAUAUAUGGGUGGAGAACUCCCAAGAUCCAUGACGGUUGGGUGAAGAGACUCUUGGAGUGGUUUGACGCCACUUCAGACGCAAUCAAUUUCCAACUCGUGGAUUUUUACCCCUUUCUCAAGCCAUGGUACCGCAUCAUGCCCCAUUGGAUGAGCUCCUACAAGCGCACGUUGCGUCGCAUUCGACAAUUGGAGAAUGCUACCUUCCUUCCCUUGCUGGAAGAAGCAAAGAGGAGGAUCCAGGAGGGCAAGCAUUAUCCAUGCUUUACAGCUGACAUGCUCCUCGACAAGGACGCCGACAGACUUGAGGAUGUACAGAUUGCACACAACGCCGGCAAUGGGUUCGGUGCAGCAAUGGACACGACGAGUAAUACAUUGAUGGGCUUCAUAAAGGCCAUGGCUCUGUAUCCCGAAGUCCAGGCCAAAGGCCAAGAAGAAAUCGAUUCCGUCAUAGGUGCAGACAAGAUGCCGAGCUGGGAUGACCGAGCCCGUCUCCCGUAUAUACGUGCGAUCGUGGAGGAGACGGUGCGAUGGGCCCCCAGUCCUUUGACGGCGGCAGCACCUCAUUCCUUACUGAAGGACGACGUUUAUAACGGAAUGGUCAUUCCCAAGCAGCCCCGGCAAUUCAGACCCGAGCGUUUCACCGACGAAAGCACCGCCCUCGAAAGCACGGCAAUCAGCCCCGACUCUUCCAAACGGCCUCACUUUACCUUUGGCGGUGGACGGCGUGUCUGCCCUGGAUUCCACGUCGCGGAGCGAGCCCUCUUCAUCGCAAUCUCGCGCAUGCUAUGGUCAUUUGAUAUCCGACGCAAGUACGACAGCAAUGGCAACCCAACCCCGAUCGAACCCGACGCCGUGACCCCAGGAUUUAUUGUCCGCCCUGCUGAUUUUGAAUGCGACAUCAAACCACGAGACGGCCACCGAAAGGAUAUGAUCAUCAACGCUUGGAAGGAAUGUGAAAAGGAGCUUGACAGCGAAGGGAACUACACAGAGGAGUUUUUCAGGAGGACCUUCAAGAAGAAGUUUUAG